UCGGACGAUGGCGUCUCCGUGCACGGAACAAACCGUGCAGGAGUUCUUGAUGGAGAGGGGAGGGAGGGUCCAACAGAUGGAGCUGACCGAUCAUUUCCUAUCAGUUUCGGGGGAAAUUGACCACUCGAAGGAAGGGGUGGACCGUGAGGCGCUGAAAUGCAUCGUGGACAACGUGGGCUUUGUGAAGGUGGAAAACGGCGUGACAUUUGUUUGUUUAAACACUGAAGGCAGCGCGGAGUCGGUGAUGCGGACAGACACAGGCGGCCACGAUCACGCGGAGUGCAAUGGCAAUAUCCAGGAGACACUGGACAACAACUAUGUCAACGGCAACCCUGACACCGGAGAACAAACAGGAGCAACCAGCUCCUUGGCUGCCAGCCUGGACAAUGACAAACAGUCAAAUGGCAAUGGGCAACCUGCAGCCCCCUCCCAGAAUAAUGAGACCCACACAGCUACUCCUACAUCUGGUGGAGGUGGGGAGGUAAAGCUAAGGGAGAGGAGAAGACGGGAGUCCGCCCCUGUGAUUGGGAUUGCGGAUCUGGACCAGGCUCACCCUGCAGGGUCUCACAGCCAGCAGGUGAGAGGGGCGCGCAGGGUGUCCAAGGGUUCCCAACGGGCCUUGCUGACCAGCUGCCUAUCCGAAGACAGCGCCUGGGAAGGGCUGGACUUUGUUGGAGAUAUCCACACACCCAAGGGAAGUCGCAGGAACUUCAUUGAGCUGAUGAUGAGUAGUUCCCCUCAGGUUCGGAGGUCUCUGAUUAACCGUGGUUCACGCCUCCGAGACUCAGUGAGGAGUGAUGGAGAUUCGGCAUCGCUCCUCUCCUCAGCCACUGAUGAGGACUGUGGGUCAGUGACCCUGGACCCACUGGAACAUGAAUGGAUGCUGUGCGCCUCAGAUGGACUGUGGGAAAGCCUGCAGCCCCUGCUCGCUGUGGAACCCAGCCUCGUGGCCAAGAGAGACUUUGUCACUGGCUUCACAUGCCUCCACUGGGCGGCCAAGCAGGGCAAAGCAGAGCUGCUCACCCAGCUGCUGGUCUUCUCCAAGGAGAACGCUAUACCUGUGAACGUGAAUGUGAGAUCAAGUGCUGGAUACACACCGCUACACCUGGCAGCUAUGCACGGACACACACAGGUGGUGCGUGUGUUGCUGUCCGACUGGGAGGCAGACCCUGAGGCUCGAGACUACAGUGGGAGGAGAGCCAUCCAGUACCUGUCCCCGCCGCUGGCUGCUGACCUGCAGAAGGAGGGAGUGGUCACAUCACCGGGGGCCGAGUCGGACAACGAAAACACCAACAGCAGCAGAGUGCGCGGGUGGCGAUUUCCCAGAGUUCUCCAGGGCAAUCUGAACCCACUGCGGCUCCUGAACCCACCCCCCAGGGCAGCAGAGGAAAGAGUCGUGACUGAGAGGACCAAAGGGGGGAUGCAGAGGAAGUCUUCUCUGAGUCGACUGAACGCCCGGCUGCAGCGAGGACGACACCGUGCCCAGAUCAUCCACAGCGUCUCCUUCAGGGACACGGGGGAGGUGGGAAGAGGAGAGGAGCUCCCCAGCAGCCCUCUCCGAACGCGACCACUAUCCAACUUGUUUGGAUGA